AUGGCUUUUCUCCGACGCCUUUUUGGCUUCGGGGAGAAGAAGAAGCCACCGCGGUGGUUGGAGCACAUUAGGAGGGACGUGGACCCCCAGGAGGUCUGGCUGGUGCUGGGCGAGCUGGGUGAAGGUGCCUUUGGCAAGGUCUGGAAGGCACAGAACAAGGUGACGGGGACGUUGGCGGCUGCCAAGGUGAUUGUCACCCCCAGGGAGGAGGAGCUGGAGGAUCACCUGGUGGAGAUUGAGAUCCUGGCCAGCUGCCACCACCCCAACGUCACCGAGCUGCUGGACACGCUCUACUGGGAUGGGCAGCUCUGGAUCCUGGUGGAGUUUUGUCCCGGAGGGUCAGUGGAUGCGGUGAUUUUGGAGCUGGAGAAGGGGCUGACAGAGGAGCAGAUCCGGGUGGUCUGCAAGCAGCUGCUGCUGGCCCUGCAGUACCUGCACGGCUGCAGGAUCAUCCACAGGGACAUCAAGGCUGGCAAUGUUCUCCUCACCCUUGAUGGGGACGUCAAGUUGGCUGAUUUUGGUGUCUCGGCCAAGAACUCCAGCGCGGCCCAGCGGCGCGGGUCCUUCAUCGGGACCCCGUACUGGAUGGCCCCGGAGGUGGUGCAGUGUGAGACCUCCAAGGAGAACCCCUAUGACUACAAGGCUGACAUCUGGUCACUGGGCAUCACGUUGAUUGAGAUGGCUGAGAUGGAGCCCCCCCACCACGAGCUGAACCCCCUGAGGGUGCUGCUGAAGAUCACCAAGUCCCAGCCCCCCACCCUGCGUCACCCCAAGAGGUGGUCUGAAGACUUCAAGGACUUCCUAAGGAAAUCCUUGGAGAAGAGCCCUGAGGCACGGUGGUCGGCCAGCCAGCUCCUGCAGCACCCCUUUGUGGCUGGGGUCUCCGACAAGCGGCCGCUGCGGGAGCUGGUGGCCGAAGCCCGCGCUGAUGUGCUGGAGGAGGAGGAUGGGGAGGAAGGUCCUGUCCCCUUGGAGCAUGGAGGGUCCUCCUGCCCCCCAACCCUGGGGGGUCAUCAGCCCCCAGAUGCUGCAGGGAGUAUUGGCGAGGAGCUGGGAAUCCCACCCCAUGUCCAGGUGGUGGCAGAACCCAGGGCCAAGAAAGCAUCUGACUUCUUGAUGCAAAGGAGGAGAAGGUCCUCACCUGAGCCCCAGUGUCCUGGGAGGCUCCCUGGGAAGAGGCCACCCGAGCUCUGGCAGCUGCUGCGGCACAGGUCGUUCUUUGGAGGGAUGAAGGCCCCAGAUGUGGGGAAGGAGCAGCACAGGGGGCAGCAGAGUGGGCUGGAGGUCACAGCACCUGCUGCUCCUCAAGGGACACCGGUGCCAGCAGACGCAGGAGGAGAAGUUCAAGGGUGUAAUGAAGAAAAGACUUGCUCUCUGGGGAUCUCCUGCAAAGUGGCUGAGCAGGCAGGAGGCCUUGGUGACCUGCAAGAGCUGGAGGUAGAGCAGGUUGGACCCAAGGCAAAGCUCCAGGAGGGAAGCCAACCUGCUGACACAUCACUGGUGGCUGGAAUGUCCAUGGAGGGACAGCUGGCAACCCAACCAAGCCCUGUUCUGACCCCCAAAAGCCACCCAAAGAAGGCGUCAAGCAGAGACCCUACUGGUAUCUUGCUGGCCCUGCCUGCACCCAUGGACAAGGGCUGGUGCAGAGGAUCAGCUGGGGGGCAGCUACUGGCUGCCCUGGACCUGUGGGUCAUGGAAACCCAAACUCAGAGGUUCAAGUCUCUGGUGGAGCAUCAGGGCUGGGUUACUCAGUCGUUGGUAGAGCUGAAGGUUGAGGUUGGCUCCACUAGGGCUGAAGAUGGCCUUGGGAGGGAUGGUGAUGGAAUGGGGAGAGCACCCAUGGGACCUGAGGGUGCUGUGAAGACUGAGGAGACUGAGGUGGUGGAGGAGGAGGUGCCACAGGGUGGAGAAUUGCUGAUGCCCAGUGUUGGAGAGGUGGUGGUGCUGGGGUCAGAGGUUCUCAAGGGGGGGCAGGAGCCUCUGGCCAGUCGAGGAGAGGCUGGAGAGAGGAGCAACAGGGAGAGUAACUCAGUUGUGGGGGAGCCCAUCACUGACCCCCUGGACAUGCUUGAGCAGGAGGGAAGGAGGAAUGAGGGGGAAGCCACAGAUUAUGCUGAAACUCGGGUGGAAAUUUCUCCUGAGGAAGGCCUAGUGAAAUGGGAAGAGGAUGUUGUAAAAAGGUGCUUGACUGGAGACCAUCAACCAGCAGGAGAUGCAGCCAGCCCUGGGACAGUGAUGCUGGCAGGAGAGGAACCAGUGGCAUGUUCAGGAGAGGGACCUGCAGGUAAGGAGGCCCAAUAUUCAGCAGAGGAUUCAUCCCAUGUGCAGAUCCUAGGGCCUGGUGAAGAUGAAUCAGAAGAUGAAGUGGAAAACAGCCCUGGAGACAACCAGCCAGGAGCUGCUCCUGGUAAUGACUGGAAAGGCCAAGAUGGGAAUGAUGGAGAGCUUGGAGAAGACAGGCUGCAGGUUGCUGCAGCUCCUGAAGGGCCAUCAAGGGCUGGCCCUGGAGAGGAGCUGGGUGGCUUGGAGGGUCACAGAACAGUGUCAGAGCCCCAGGAAGACCUUGGUGGGCACCCAAAGGCCACAAGCAUUGUCCUUGUUCGCACGUCUUCCCAGGCACGGGCAGCGUGGGAAACAGGGAACCCACCAGAUCCAUCCAUCAGGUCAAAGCCAGGAGAGGAUCCAUCCCCUGUGGAAAGCCCUGCAGAUGUCCAAGGUCCCAGCACCCUGCCUGCAGCCACCCAGCCUUUCCCCUCUGCUGGGAAAGCCCAGCAGGAACCUGCCUCGCUCCAAAGGAUGGUCAAGAAAACCAGGAGGUUUGUGGUGGAUGGGGAGGAGGUGAGAGUGACCACCAGCACUGUCGGCGCGAGGGACGGGCUGGGGCGCUCAGCUAGGCGCCAGGAGCUCCGUGAGCUGCGGGUGCUGCAGAAGGAGGAGCAGCGAGCUCAGAGCCAGCUGGAGCAGAAGUUCCACCAGCAGCGGGAGCAGAUGUUCCGUCACAUCGAGCAGGAGAUGACGAGCAAGAAGGGGUUCUAUGACCGGGAGGUGGAGAGCUGGGAGCGGCGUCCCCGGCAGCUGAGGGAGCGUCAGGAGCUGGUGUUCACCACCAGGCUACAGAGCGAGGCCAAGCACCUCAAGUCCCUCCAGGAGAAGGUCUCCCAGAGGAGGAUGCAAGAGCUGAAGGGUGAUGAGAGAGAGGAGCAGCGGUUCCUGCAGCAGCAGCAGGAGGAACUCAACGCAGCCCUGCAGAGGGUUGUCCAGGAGCACAAGAAGAAGAUGGUGUCCAUUGACUGGGAGUGCACCAGCAAGAUCCACAGCCUCAGGAGAGCCCGUGAGUCGGUGGUGUGGAGCAUGGAGGAAGGGCACCUGCAGGAGAAGUACCAGCUCUUCAGGCAGCAGGUGAAGGAGCAGCAUGCCCUGCAGAAGCAGCAGCUCCGCAAGCGCCACGAGAAGGAGACAGAGAGGAUGAACCGCUUCCACCAGCUCUUGCUGGAGGACCUGAGGAGCCAGCAGGUGCAGGAGAGAACUCAGCUGCUGAGGAACCAGCGCUGCGACGCCAAGAGCCGCCUGGCUCUCUUCAAGGACAACCUGAAGGUCCAGGAGGCUCCUGGGGCCAAGCAGAGGGAGAAGUUCAAGCAGAGGGAGAAGAUGCAGCUGUUGGCAGAGCAGGAGAGGAGGCAGCUGGGGAGGCUGGAGCAGGAGCACAACAUGGAGCUCAGCGAGUGGAGGCAGCGGCUGGUGGAACGCAGGGAGAUGCUGGAGGAGAAGCUGAGCAGCUCACUGGUGGUACUGAGGUCAGGGGGGCUGCCCAGUGCUCAGAGCAGCAACAAGACCACCCGCUUCUUCCACACCCCCUCCUGA